GCUGCUUGACGAUUUUUAUGGAGAUCCCGGAAAGGGAGAUCAACGGGUCCAGGGAGAAUUACGUGGUAGGGUAGUAGGUAUACCAGGAGAGAGGGGCAGGGGGAGACAACUCAGUAGACUGCAAUGCUGGAGUCAGAAAGAGAAUCUCUUAUCGGUGGGAUCGUCCCUGGGAUGCAUGUCGGUUGGAGUCUCACCAAACAGAUAGAUUGGAACAGGAUGAAUGGAUUGGAGUCUCGCCCAAGGAUUGACCAGGCAAAGGUGCAACUCGCACCACACGCAGAGGGCACCAGCACCAGCACCAGCGCGCAAACACACAGGAAGGAGAGCGAGGGUCGAGUUCGAGUCAGUCAGGGUUCUGAUCUCGAUCACCCGCACAAAGGAAGGAAUGCAGAACAAGAAACACCCGCGGGUGGGGCUAAGUUCAGUCUAGUUUGUUGCCGGACGGAAUGGCAGCAGCCCAUAGUGACUGGGUAGUUAGUUUGCGGCUCUCUGUCGGACGGACAGACCGGCACUGGAGCCAGAAGCCAGAGGCCAGAAGGU